AUGGCACUUGAACCGGCAGCACCACUAUUAUAUGCUGGCAUAAUAAUAUACAGUCCAUUGAACCAUUUUGGUUUCAAACAGAGUGGAUUUAGAGGAGGAAUUUUAUUAGGAGGAGUAGGACACAUGGGAUUGAAAAUAGCAAAGGCAAUAGGACAUCAUGUUAUUGUCAUUAGCUCUUCAAAUAAGAAGAGACAAGAGGCAUUGGAACAUCUUGGUGCAGAUGAUUAUCUUAUUAGUUCAGACACUACACAAAUGCAAGAGGCUGCUGAUUCACUUAACUUGGCCAUCCUCUUGAACCUUAUCUUUCUUUGCUUAAAGUUUAUGGCAAACUUAUCUUGA